AUGAAGGUUGACAUCGAAAUUAUCUCCAAAGAGAUCAUCACACCCUCUUCUCCAACCCCACACCAUCUUCGCCAUUACCAGCUCUCCUUUCUCGAUCAAAUAGCACCCCCUGUUUUCAUGCCCUUGUUUCUCUUCUUCCCCAAACAAGCUGCUUCCAAUAAUCCGAUCACCAACUUAGAGCAAAGCAACCGGCUCAAGAAAUCCUUGUCCGAUGCCUUAACCCGAUUCUAUCCACUAGCAGGACGGGUUAAGGAUAGCGUUUUUAUUGAUUGCAAUGACGAGGGCGUCUACUACGUGGAAGCCGAAGCCAAAUCCCAACUUGUUGAAUUUCUCCAAGAUCCAAUCCCUGCUGAGAUCGACAAAUUUCUCCCAUUUGAACUCGACGAUGUCAAUGAAUUCCCUCUUGUCGUCCAAUCCACCUUCUUCACUUGCGGCGGGGUUGCCGUCGGUCUUGGCAUGUCCCACAAGGUCGGCGAUGGCUUGUCAUUCUUCAUGUUUAUCAACAGCUGGGCUGCCAUUGCUGGCGGCAAUUGCCAUACCGAUACGGUGACCCCUCGAUUCGCUUCCGCCACGCUUUUCCCGCCGAGGAGUUUGAAGGGGUUUGAACCGAGGACUGGGAUUGUGAAGGAAAACAUUGUGGCCAAGAGGUUUCUCUUCGACGCCUCCUCAAUAGCGGCUCUUAGAGCCAAAUAUGAUGACACAAGACGCGUACGCCCUACUCGCGUCGAGGCCUUAUCGGCUUUCAUAUGGUGUCGUUUCACGGCUGCUACUCAAUCAAAAUCCAACCCAGCUGGCAAGAUCUACACCGUUCUCCAUGCUGUUAAUCUACGCACCAGAAUGGACCCGCCUCUUUCGGCAAACUAUUUCGGAAAUAUAAGCCGAAUCGCAAUCUCAAUACCGUCCGUGGAUUCCGACGAUGAUGGGUGUCGUGGCAUCGUCAACCAAGUAAGGGAUUCGAUAAGCAAAGUGAACGCGGAAUACGUGAAGAAGCUUCAAGAGAGUGAUUGGCUUGGGCACUUGAAUUUCAUUAAAGAGCGCACCGCACAAAUCAGGAAAGGAGAUGUGGUGUCGUUUAGCUUCACCAGCUUGUGCAGAUUUCCCAUAUAUGAUGCUGAUUUUGGGUGGGGGAAGCCGGUGUGGGUUAGCGCGGCAAGAUUGCCGUUCAAGAAUUUAGUUACUUUCCUUGACACCAAGUCCGGGAACGGAAUAGAAGCGUGGAUUAACCUGAAAGAAGAAGACAUGGCUAAAUUUGAAUGCGAUGAGGAGCUCCUCGCGCAUGUUUCACCGACCCUGAAGCCCAACGUGAAAAGUUCUGCGUUUUAGGCCCCGACUGGUUACCGUCGUCGGAGAGUAUAUAUAUAUAUGAUCAGUAUGCAUGUCCUUUAGUUUACUAGUAUUGUGUUAAUUAUUUGUGUGCA